GUUAGGGACCAGCCGGUGGUAGCCUCUAGCGGCCCACAGACCAGAAUUCCCCAGGGCGCGGAGUCUAAGUUAAGACCUGCUUGUUCACCAGAGCCCCUGAUGGUGGGGAUGGACUUGGAGCAAGCCGAGAGACCAGGUCGUGACCCCUGGGUGCAACCAGCUAUGGAAGAGGCACCUGACGGUGGUACGCAGCAGGUGAGAGUCUGAUGUGAGGAGGUAGAGUAAGCGAGGUCAGACAGGCCGGGUUGGUAACAGCGGAGCAGGUCGGUACAAAACAGCAGGCAGAAGUAUAAACGGGUCACGGUCCGGUGCAGGAACAGGCAGGAGAAUGGUCAGGCAAGCCAGGGGUCAGAGCAGGAGAAGUCAG